UACGCAUUGGAAGCACUGCAGCCUGGAUUGCAGAGCUCUGAAUUAGUGUAGGACUGCAUUUAUUUAAAAAAAGGAAGACAAAAAUUGGUUUGGAAACAAAAGUCUUCCAGGAACGUACCUUUCUUGGAACAUAUAUUUCUUUACUUUCUGCUGUCGUCACAUAAACGGAAAAUGAACUCUGAAUUCACAGUGCAACAAACGUCAGAGUUGGAAGUCAUGGUUUGGAUAUCCAUCCACUUUCAAAUAUAAUUAAGUCCUGAAUACAUUCUACUGUAAUGUUACAGCACUAAAUGAAGGACUUGCAUUAACCCAGGAAUGUCACUUUUGAAUUUCAUGACAUUUUUAUGAAUCUCCCGAAAGUACAGACAAAUCAGUUUUAUCUAAAUAUUAUACAACCCAUAAUUUAAAGGACAAACAUCAUUUGUAAAAUGGGUUGCCAGCUAUGAGUUUGACAUGCAUCCUCAUGAAUAGCAUCUCUGUGUUUCUCUAGAAGUGAUGGUAGAAUUCCAAAGGAGAAGAAAUGAAUACUUCAGUACAGACUGGGAAUUUCUGAAUUUGUUUUGGAAAAAAAUGUCUUCAGGGAAAAUUCCAAAUAUAAAUAGAAAGCAAUCUGGAUAUCCAUAGAAGAAGAAAACUAAAACAAGCUGCAUUGUUUUGUUUUGUUUUUUGAAAAAUAAAGACAAACUACAGAAACGAUAUCAGGUUUCUUACUCGUUUCCUUUGAGAAAACCUAAGAAAGCAAACAUACGUGGCCGUUUGAAACGGACAGUAAAAUGCAUGGUAUUUACUUGCGCAAAUACCUUUCUGGCUGAAUACAGAGUGAAGGCAAAAACUAAUUGGAGGACAUCUGCAUCAUAAAAACAGGAAGACCAACAACAUCAAGCUUGGGAAAGAGUAGGUCAAAAGGAACAGCGGGUAAUUCAAAAUGAGUUUGGGGAAGUUGCCUGUGAUAAAGAGUCUUGUGUCGAAUUCCAGUGGGAAGAGACGAUUCAAAAAUGAUCUGACUCCAGAUAUGAUAAGUCCACCUCUUGGAGAUUUCAGACAUACAAUGCAUGUGGGACGAGGGGGAGAUGUUUUUGGAGACACUUCCUUUCUUAGUAAUCAUGGUGGAGACCAAGAUGCCAGCAAGUCAAAUUUCUUACUAAGGACCUUCCGUUAUGUUAGGAAGUCACCAGCACGAGGACGCAACAGCCUCAAGGAGACCUCAACUCCACCACCCCCCAUCUCUCCAAUCAUCAAAAAUGCUAUCUCACUUCCUCAUAUCAGUGAUGGUUUUAAUGGAUCCCUUGAGACAAUAGCUUUUAAAAGCACACCAGCAAGUCCAUCCAACAUGACUAAUUCUUAUGGGCUGGAGUCUGGAUUCUUAACUCUUCCUCGACUAUCCCGAAUGGAGAAGCCUGAAGAAAAUUCUAUAUCUUCCGAAUCUGAGCUCCAGCGGUCAGAUUCACUGCAGUCCUUCAAAGUUGAUCUUGGUCCCUCUUUGAUGGCUGAAGUUAUGAGUCAUAUGAACUACUCAAGAAGUACUUUAAAUUCAAAGGGUGGAGAUGACGAUGCAGUGAGACUCUAUAAUUUCCAAGAUGCAAUAUCUGAGUUAAAUGGAGUGGAAAGUGAGCUGAAUGGUAGACCGUUGCAUGGACGGACUACUUCUGUUAUAGAUGCAAAAAAUGCUGAAGCUAUCAAUAUUUUGUCCACAGACCUAAAUGGUCAACAAAAAGAGAGGCCUGUGAACAUAAAAGAGAAAUGUUAUGACAACAUGGGACAUGUAGUAAGACCCAGCAGGCAAGGUCCAAGUGGUGAUGAUUCAAGAACUUUGGAUUUUAAGUUUGAAGGACAUAAUUCAGGUAAUGAUAUAAAGGACAGCCAAUGUGUUCAGAGAUUUCAAGGUUUUGCAGAGCAAAUAAGGAAUCACACAUCUCACAGAGAUCAAGUUAGAAGAGUAGAUGCAGAGUGGGAUACUGAAACCAAAGCAAAUGGUAGUGAACAGUGGACUAAGACUGUAACACUGGAAACAAAUGCUGCUCAGCUCAAGGCCACAGAGCAGCCCAGAUGUGUAAUGGAAGCUGAAGAAUUCAACAGGGCAGCACAGGUUUUAGCAAAUCAUUAUGGUGGUGCAACACGCUCUGUGGCUUUGAAAGAGGCAGUCCGUCAAACAGAGAUGUCAUUUGGGACAGGUGGUAAAACUCCAGCAAAAUGUGCCUCAAGAAGUCAAGAACAAAAUAUACCUAGCCCAGGUACCAUACACCAGAAGUAUUCUGGGGGGCAUUUCAGUGUGUCCCAUCAGUUGUCCAAAGAAGAAGAAGAAGGUGUAGAGAACGGGGCAGUGGAAUCCAGCAUUCUAACUACAUCCCCCAUGGGUAGCUUUUCUCAAUCAAGGGGUGUAGCGUUGGCCUGUGCAGAUGAAGAAGAUGAAAUUAAGGUGUAACAUGUUCAUAAAGUGUGUCACAAAUGCCUACAGAUAUGCUACUUCUCUGUUUUAUGUAAAGAGCCAUGACACUACUCAUAUCUAUUAACAGUGUACUUGCUAUAAACUGCCACCUUGCUUCCUAAUGCUAAGCUAUCAUGCCAAAAUGUGCCUUUGUGUCUGGCUGAGCUAAGACUCUGGUCAAUAUACAUAGUCAAGCUGACUUUCAAAGAUCUGUGCCCCGUAUCUUCCCUUUGUGGGCAGUUGCAAAGCAAUAAGUUAAAAAAGACAUUGUCGGUUGGGUCAUCAACUGAUAUCGUGCUGCUCUUCUCUCACAACUUGUUAGAACCUUAAAAUUUAGAAUGACCUUUUAACUCAUGUUUUUUGCCAUGUUCUUUCAAAGCUCCACACUCUGCCGAUAGUUAAGGGAAAACAGUGGGGGGUGUACAUCACUGGAAAGAAAAAAAAAACAUUUGUAUGAUUUUUAUAUUUUACUUUUGUUUUUGUUUGUGCCAUUAAAAUACUAUCACAAAGGAAAGCAAUGAUUUCUGGCAUGGAUACGUCCAAUAAAAUUGUUUUCACUGGAGUAUAGGAAUUGGGCAUACUGAAACAAUAGUCUGAGGAUCCUGGACAUUAAAGAUGAAUCAGACUACAGAGAAGGAGUAAUCAUUUUAAGAAAUUACAAUGACACUUUUGCUUUUCCCGUGUGACAAUCUUGUAUGGGUAUUUGACUAUAUUUCCUAUUUUUAAAAAUUAUUCAUAAGCUAUUCAGUUGACAAAGACAUCAUUCUGCACCCCAUAAUCUUCUUAUAAGCAAAGCUACCUAUUUAAUAUACCUUCCAUUGAUAUAAUUUCCAAUUCUUUUUAUAUGUAUUUAUCUGUUAACUGAAUGAACAUUUUCGUGUUGCCAGUCAAUAAGUAUAUUUUAUGACAUGGGAGGAAACACAACCUGCAUGGAAGGGAGCAAAAGACAUGCAAAACUCCACACACACAGCAGCUGGAAGUCAGGACUGAACCUCACAUACUGGAACUGUAAAACAGAGAUCUUAGCACUAAGCCAACAUACUGAAGCCUCAUUCCUUCUCUCUGAGAUAAGUCUUUCAAUGUAAGUGAAGCACAAAACAAAGGAGUUAUUGGAUAAUCAGUCUUACACACAGCAAAACCAAUAUAAAUACAGCAAGCCAGGUUUCAUAGCACACAGUUAUGGUGUGGUUUUCAGUGAGUCAACAGUAACCACUCAGCUGUACAACAUAAAGGAGCUUGACUUCAGCUAUUACACCAGAAUAUGUCUCUGUUUUUUCUAGGGCGCACAUAACCCCAUUGUGAAACUUUUUGUAAGCUGUCACUGUUAAUCUUUAAGAAGAUGACCAGCAGCAAUUCUAUAAGUUCUGCAGAGGAGUUCAGAACAUAUAUUAACAACACUGCUACCACAUGCCAAAAAUACAGGGUUUGAAUUUUUGGACUUGGGGGGUUAGCUGUAUCAGCAUGUGAAUCGAACUUUGAGCAAAUAUGAAACAGCCUCAGGUAAUGGAUGCAAAGCUAAAUUUGACAUUAAAUUCAUUAGUAUACUCUCAGGAAUUUCAGCACACAACUGAAUGUAACAUCAUGAAGCUUUAUCCAGUGGUAUUCAGAAACUGAAGACUCAGUCUGGCAUUAAGAACUCAGAAUGAAAACAAUAAAUAUCCCAUCCCGUGAAGUGCUGUCAUAAAGUUUUAGCCUCAGUAACAAAAUGAUGUGCUGUUACAGUUCCACCGGGUUGAAGUUAGAAAAUAUUGAAUUGUUACCAUCUAUCACCCCUGUCAUGCGCACAGCAGUGUAAAAACCACAGUAGGAAUAUUACAACUAACACUAGUUCAAUCUCAAAUGCUUCUAUGAAAUGAUGGGACUGCAAAGAGAAUUCCUGUUGUAUUGCUUGCCAAAAAUGAUGUUGGAUAUGGAGGUGCUGAAGGAUGUGACUACAUCAUUCCUAUUGUAAACUGCUUGCUACUACUACAUUUUCUUUAACGGAAAAGAUCAAUUUAUUCAUGUGCAUUAUAUCUAGAGGUAUACAUUGUAUUUUUUGUCAAAUAUGUAUACAGUACUAUAAGAUAAUUUACAUACUGUACUUUUUCACUUGCAUAUCAUGUAUGUACACCAGCUUUGUAAAAUGCUGCACUUCAACUGACAAAGAUAUACAGAAAGAUAGAAAAUAACAGGCUUUUAACAGUGUUAUUAAAAUAAAUACCUGUUAGAAACUGGUUGCUGUUACUGUUCACAGUGUUAUUAAAAUAAAUACCUGUUAGAAACUGG